AUGGAUGCCACUACCAGUGGAACCCCAACUAUCCAAUACCAUAACAUCCCUGAUCAGCCAAUUACUACCAUUGUUGCCACACAGUUACCUACAUUUCAACGUCAGCAUCGCCAUUGCUUUGGGGAUUCCAGUCCAGGAGAGUUUCCCUUGUCUGCUAAUCCCUCCGUUGUACUUCAUGUCCUUUCAUCAUGUAACUUGUAUCCUCAAGACCUUGCUAAACUUGAGGCAAGUGAUCUGCUUGCAACAUGCUCGUUCUUCAAGCAGCCGGCAAAGUUUGAGCCAGAUUUUGAUUUGUCCUUGUCAGAGCUCGCUGCAUUGGACAUGUGCCAGAAGAGAGCCAUCUUUAAGCCAAUGACAACCGAACAACAGCAACAUAUGAAGCAAAGAUGUGGGGGUUCUUGGAAAUUGGUUCUGAGGUUUUUGCUUGCUGGAGAAGCAUGUUGCAGAAGAGAGAAAUCACAGGCAAUAGCAGGUCCUGGUCAUAGCAUUGCCGUGACAUCAAAAGGGGUUGUGUAUUCAUUUGGGUCCAAUAGUUCCGGCCAACUUGGGCAUGGCAACACUGUAGAGGAAUGGAAACCUCGACCAAUCAGAGCUUUGCAAGGUAUCCGAAUUAUACAAGCUACUACCGCGACUGGGAGGACAAUGUUGAUCAGUGAUUCCGGGCAGGUUUAUGCCUUUGGGAAGGACUCUUUCGGUGAAGCUGAGAUUGGAAUUCAAGGAUCUAAAAUGGUUACAACUCCACAGUUAGUUGAUUCUUUGAAAAAUAUAUUUGUUGUGCAAGCAGCAAUUGGAAACUUUUUUACUGGUGUAUUGUCAAGAGAAGGCAGGGUUUAUACUUUUUCUUGGGGUAGUGACGGGAAACUCUGUCACAAUACUGAUCCAAAUGAUGUGGAACCCCGUCCUUUAUUAGGUGCUCUGGAGCACAUACCAGUGGUGCAAAUAGCUGCUGGAUUCUGCUACCUGCUUUGUUUGGCUUGUCAACCCAGUGGAAUGUCAGUGUACUCGGUUGGGUGUGGUUUAGGUGGGAAGCUUGGACAUGGCUCAAAAACUGAUGAGAAGUAUCCUCGUUUGAUUGAACAAUUCCAGCUGUUGAACCUUCAGCCGAUGGUGGUUGCAGCUGGUGCAUGGCAUGCAGCUGUCGUAGGGCAGGAUGGCCGUAUUUGCACAUGGGGAUGGGGUCGUUAUGGCUGCUUGGGUCAUGGUAAUGAAGAAUGUGAAUCUAUACCUAAGGUGGUGGAAGAGUUGAGAGAUGUCAAAGCAGUUCAUGUUGCUACAGGAGAUUACACCACCUUUGUAGUGGCUGAUAAUGGUGACGUGUAUUCAUUUGGUUGCGGAGAAUCUGCUAGUCUUGGCCAUAACCCCGAGAACGAUGAGCAGGGAGACAUGCAUGUAAAUGUGUUAAGUCCAAAGCUUGUGACUUCAAUGAAAGAGAUAAAUGAACGAGUGGUGCAGAUUAGUCUAACCAAUUCCAUAUAUUGGAACGCUCAUACCUUUGCCUUAACUGAAUCAGGGAAGCUGUAUGGCUUUGGGGCUGGGGACAAAGGACAACUAGGCGUAGAGCUUGGUGCCAACCAGGCUGAAAGAGGAAAGCCAGAGCGGCUUGAUAUUGAUCUUGGUUAA